AUGAGAAUCACUGAUGAGAAGGAGAAGUCAUCGUUCCAUUCCUCCCCUUACAUAUAUGCUUUGAAAGCGUUGCAGGCUGCUCAAGCUGCUUUUGCAAACGAUGUACAAAGUGGACAUGCGAAAGCUACAACAUCUAGUUCUGUUUCCGUGGCGCCUAAACCAGCAGCACCAAAGGCCUCGACAUCUGGAGGUCUUUACGCGAACUAUACAACAGCAAAAGAUCUUGGGAUCGCACAAGAGGAAGAAAAAUUAGCAGCAGAGGCACUGGCUCUACAGCAAAGUCAGGGAGUGGUUGGCCAGUGGGAGGUAAUAGACGUUCCGAAGUCAUCCACCCAAAGCAACGCUACAAUACCUCAGAAGAGAUACCACCAAGAAGACGAAGAUGAGGAGGGAGAAGGGUUCCGUGUGAGGAGAAAGAAGUUAGCAGUCGGACUUGGGGAAAUAUAUGAUCCUGGACAGAUCGUUCUUGAACCAAAAGGUAAACAGAAAGAGGAGAUCAAGCCAGAGUCUAAGGAUCAACCUCAGACGUCCAUCGCCGGGCAAUCUGGGGCACCCCUUCUUUGGUCUAAAAAGCGCUGGAAGAUGGACCAGUUGGAACCUACAGGUGGCGAUGAAGCACCAGAGAAAACGGAGGCAGGAGAAGAACAAAAGGUUGAUGAUACUAUUACAAAAAAGGAGGAGUUGAAGGGAGAAGCCUCAGAAGACGGAGUAAAGAAGGAACCGCAAGAGCAACUCAUCCAAUCUGCAGCUGAAUCUAAUGAUGCUAGCGAACAAACUCAGACAGCCCCUGCAACAAGCAUGUUCAAGAAGCGAAAGGCACCCUCACAACCGGUGGGUGCCAAAAAGGGCGCGCGAAAGCAACUAUGA